CGCUUCGCGUCUGGCUUUGUUUUUUCUUUGCUUUCCCUCGACUUUUGCUCCACUAUUUUUCUGUGCUAUUAAUAUCUGUUUAUCUGAGCCAUGGCAGACGAUACCAGCAACUCGGAUAACUCGGGCAACACGGUGUCGACUUUCGUUUCGUCGCUGGUCCUCAAUAUUAUCAUCGGCGUGGCGGUGACGGCGGCGUUUUGCAUUCUGCGGCCGCAUUUCAAGCGCGUCUACGCGCCGCGCACAUAUGCCGUCGAGAAAGAUCGUUGCACAAGCACUGGCGUCCUCCAGCGCAAUUGCACCAAACACUGCGCGACUAUUGCUUGGUGCUCUCAGGACGCUAUGCGGCGAAUCGAAAGGAGGCAGGAUUUGUCGCACCUGGGCUUUGCAUUACCUUGCCUCCCCAACUCUGCAGCCAAAAAAGCACACAAUUUGUUCUCCCCACCAACUCCUCUUCUCAGUGCCAGGCAGCAGCAUGGAUCGGCGGCAAAACUUGUUUACGGCUACUUUUGGAUGCAAUGGCCUCACUGCUCGCAAUACACCUGGCUGCAGCUCCUGCCCUUUAUUAAUAGCCGCUCCUCGAUUUAUCUUUGCAUAGGAAGCGCUCCCCAGCAAUCGGCGUCAGGACCACUUGCAUGGAUCUCCGCCGCUCUCAGCGUCAGCGACGACAAGGUCAUUGAGCGGGUGGGGCUUGACUCGUACAUGUUCCUGCGCAGCAUCCGCGCCAUGUUCUUCAUGUUCAGCGUCCUCAGUUUCCUGUCGGUGGUGACGAUUCUGCCCGUCAACAUCACUGCCGGCGGCACUGCCACUGGCCUGGCGGUGCUGUCAAUCGGUAACGUGCCCCCCAGAGCUCAAAGCUGUGGGUUCCACAUCGUGUUCUUUGGAGUGUAUACACCCGUCCUGCGCGCCUGGUGGCUGAUGCGGCCUGAGCACACGUCGACGGUCGGCGCCUCUACCAUCCUGGUUUCAACACUGCCCGAAACGAUGCUUGAAAGCGACGCCCGUAUUAAGCAGACAUUCAACAUGUUCCCCGGCGGUGUUCGCCAGGUCUUUGUGAACCGCAACGUUGAGACUCUUUCCAAGGCCGUCGAGAAGCGCGACAAGUACGCCAACAAGCUCGAGGGGCUGCUGACAAAAUAUGCGGUGCAGUGCGAGAAGGCUCAAAAGCUGGUUGAGAAGAAGGGUGGCGAGUACAAGGAGCCCAAGCGCCCGAUGAUGCGCGAGAGCAGCGUUCCCUUCAAAGGCCCCAAAAUCGACGCAAUCAACUUCUACUCGACCCAGAUUGCUGAGCUGAACCUGACUAUCGCUGAUCUGCAAAAGGACGCCUCCCAGUUCAAAAAACAGUCAUCAUGCAUCGCCGCCCACAUGGCCGCGCAGUCGGUGCUGGACUACAAGCCGUUCUCCAUGGACAAUGUAUCAUUUGAUGUCAACCCCGACGACAUCAUCUGGAGCAACCUCAACAUGAACCCGUACGACCGUCAGAUGCGUGCAUACAUGUCGUUUGGCAUCACAAUUGGUCUGACUAUUACCUGGAUGAUCCUAACCGCGUUUGUGACGUCCUUGGUAUCCAUGGAUAACCUGCGCAAGUACGAGCCCUUUAAGAACAUCCCAGACAGCAAAUGGCUCAGUCUGUUCCAAGGCUUCGUGCCCUCAAUUGUCAUUGCGGUCUUGAUGUCUCUGCUGCCUCGCAUCCUUCGCCUGCUGCUCAAGCUCGAGGGCACCAGGACCAUGAGUGAGAUCAACCUGCGUCUGCUCCACCGGUUCUACUUCUUCCAGGUGUGGAACGUGUAUUUUGUCACCAUCUUCGCCAACGGUAUUCUGGCGGUUGUAGAAAAGGUCGCUGGCGAUCCUGCCAUCUAUUGUCAAGGAGAUCUGCGGACGGAGGUUCCCAAGACCGCAACGGCCAUUGUCACAUAUGUGCUUUUGCUAGCGUUCUCUGGUGCUGCCAAGGAGCUGCUGCAGGGUGUGAGCCUAGCGCUGCGCUAUGUGCUGCCCAUGAUCCUGGCAAAGACUCCGCGCUCGAUCAGCGAUGCUGAGAAAGCCGUCCGAUUCCUGUAUGUGUACAACGACGCCAACUGGAUCACCGGCGGACUCUCGUUCCCCAAGUUCAUCAAGCAGCUUUUGGUUGGCGUGUACAUUUCCGAGGUCUACAUGGUGCUGAUGAUGGUAGCCAAGCUCAAAGACGGCGGUGCAGAGGCAAUUGUGCGCAUCGUGUUUGCUGCCCUGAUUUUGGCCGGCACCAUUGUUGCACACAUGUACAUCAACAAUGCCUACAUGCCCAUCCUCACCUACCUGCCCAUUCCGCCUGCCUCGCUCAAUACUCUCGAUUCGAAGAAGCCCGCUACUGCCGAGAGCCGCCGCCGCCGCCACCUGUACGCGAUUUUUGGUACGCUGAUUCCGAUCUCGCUCAUUGACUACAUUAUCCGCAAGGUCCCCAGUCUGAUACCAUCGCCCAUUACGGAUGCUCUGUCGCCGUCGCCCCACCGGGUCUCUGAUGAGGAGAUCAGUACUGAGCACAAGCCCCCUGUGGAGAAGCCAGCCACUGCUUCUGGUUCUGACAAGGCCUGGAUCGAUCAAGAACGCCCCAUUCACGAUGCCUGA